UUCUGGAGGCAGGCUGCCCCUGCUGCCUCUGCUGCUGCCGCUGCUGCUGCUGCUGCUGGGCUGGGAGCCUUCUCCUCCAUCAAGAAACUUUUCUGGACUUGUGGAGCUCCUCGGACGUAGUGGCCACAAGCAGCCGAAGGAGAACCUCCACACGCGGGGACAGCAGGCACUUUUAUUUGUACUACUCGGUGCUAACAUUAUUUGAGUGAAGUUGACAUUGUGCAAGCUAUAUCGGUUUUAUUUUUUCUUCUUUUACGGAGUUCGAGGACUUGAAGAAUCUCCUCAAGCUCACUGGCGUGUGUUUUCAUCGAGAAUUCCUCUUUUCCGGCGCUCCAAACUUUUUGAAACUUUGGAUUUCGAACGAACGAACGAACGACGCGGGCAUGUUUUGGAGUAGGGGCCUCUUGCUUUUGUUUGCUUUCCUUCUCGCACCAUUCUGCUUGUCAGCUGCGGCAGCGCUGCCGCACAACCAGAGCGGCGUCAGGAAGCUGUACGUGCUCCAACCCGGGCCGGGUCCAGGUCCCGGGCCGGGUCCCGGGCCGGGCUCAGCGGGGGCUAACCGAGGGGAUGCCAUGCGAGUCAGUUCCAUUUCAACGCGUCACGGCGGCGCGUCGGGGCUUCCGCACUCUUACAACGUCCAACUCAGCGCCAAAUUGGGCGGCCAGGUCCGGAACCGCCGGAUGGGGAACCAAGCCUCGACAGCCCAGCGGCGGCACAGCGCUCCGGAGCUUCUCAAGCAGUCUGGAGUGAACAUAUGCGGAGGCCAGUGCUGUCAUGGAUGGAGUAAAGCUCAAGGAUCCCAGCGCUGCACAAAGCCUAACUGCAUCCCCCAGUGCCAGAACGGAGGAAUGUGCCUCAGGCCUCAGCUGUGUGUCUGCAAGCCUGGCUCAAGCGGCAAGGCAUGUGAGCAGAAGACUGUGCCCACACACCCCCACAGCCUCAGCUCCAGCUCCAGCCACAGUCUCAGCCACAGCCAGCCUGGGAAAGGAGCGAGCAAUGAUCCCAACGCAGGAGCACAGUGGCCCAUACCUCAGCAAGCGCAAGUGCCUCCUAACGCACCUCAAGCAAACAACAUUGCCCAGAUGAAAUUGACAGUCAAGCCGUCCCCACAGUUUGUGAGGCCGCCGCAUUAUAUCCAACAACACAUCCAGCAACAAAUCCGCUCUAUGCCCAUGCACCCAGGCCAGCAAUAUGUCAUAAAGCCCAAAUAUUACCAUACACACAGCACCCACACACAGACACACUUCCAUCCUCAAGUUGAAAGGCCCAUCCCUCUAUCAGGGGCACACGUGGGCAACCACACAGGGAGGAUCAAAGUGGUGUUCACUCCCACUAUCUGCAAAUUGACCUGUGUGGGAGGGAGAUGUCACAACAACUGCCAGCAGGGAAACACCACAACAAUCAUCAGCGAAAAUGGCCAUGCCACUGAUACUCUGACGGCACCCAACUUCAGGAUAGUGGUGUGUCAUUUGCCUUGUAUUAACGGCGGCAAGUGCAGUGCCAGAGACAAAUGUCAAUGUCCUCCAAACUUCACUGGAAAGUUCUGCCAGAUUCCACUUCAAAGUGGACAGCAUCAGCCCCAGCACACAUCAGGCAGCUCCACUCAAACUCAGGUCCAUUCCACACACACGUUGCCUCUGACCUACAGCAAUGGGCAAAAUACGGUUUUCAGUCCCAACGUUGUCAACAUCCACAUUAAACAUCCUCCCGAGGCAUCCGUGGAGGUCCACCAGGUAUCUCAGCUGGACGAGCGAGGUCCCCAGUCGGGAUCGUCUUCAUCCUCCAGCUACACUUUCCAUCACACCCAAAGCCACCAGAAGGUCCAGCACCACGGCUACAACAUUAUCUACCCGGGCCAGCACGGGGACCAGACGACUCAGUACCAACCUGUCUCCUCCAAGAAUACGUUGGGCCGCUGCUUCCAAGAAACUGUUGGGAGUCAGUGUGGGAAAGCUCUCCCAGGGCUGACGAAACAGGAGCAGUGCUGUGGCACCGUGGGAACAUCGUGGGGUUUCCAUAAAUGCCAGAAGUGUCCAAAGAAACCAUCUGCUAUUCCUCUGAUAGACUGCCCUCAGGGUUACAAGAAAAUCAACAGCACUCAUUGCCAAGAUUUUGAUGAGUGCCAGCUGCAAGGGGUGUGUCCUAAUGGAAAUUGUUUGAACACUGUGGGCAGCUAUAGAUGCACGUGUAAACCUGGCUACAUCCCUGACCCCAUGCUCACCACAUGCAUAUCCAACAUAGCUGCCGCCGCCGUCCAAGAGGAGAAGGGGGCUUGCUUCCGUUUGGUGAGCUCAGGGAGGCAGUGUUUGCACCCGGUGUCGGCUCAGCUGAGCAAACAGCUCUGUUGCUGCAGUGUGGGCAAAGCCUGGGGACCGCAUUGUGACAAAUGUCCUCCUCCGGGAACAGCUCUGUUUAAAGAAAUUUGCCCUGGCGGCAUGGGCUACACUGUUCUCCCAAAUCCGCCCGUCAAACAACCCGUUACAGUCCAGCAGACAGCCAGUGAUGCGCUCACCCCCCAUCCCUUGCCAACACCAGAAAAACCCGUAAUGGCUUUUGGGAAGCCAGAGAGAGCGAUUCUACCAGCAACCACUGCCCCAGAUCAGGAGCUGGUAGGACCUGCGGUUAGUAAUAGGCCAGUCAGUGAUUCCGUUCUACCCCAACUAUCUCCAGGUGUAUCCACUGUCAAGAUGAAUGCAGCUUACCCAGAGGUUGUUGAGCAGAGUUCCCCGCCUGUUCCAGUGGAGAUUUUCCCUUCAAAUGCAGGCCAAGACAUUGCACCAACUAUAUCUGCAGAGGUGGACGAGUGCCAGAUCAACCCUUAUAUUUGCGGCCAAGGGCUUUGUUACAACACAGCCGACGGCUACACCUGCCAUUGCGAUGACGGCUACCGCUUGAAUCGUGCACUCGCCUCCUGCGUAGAUUUGGAUGAAUGUUUGGAGAAGCCAUCUUUGUGCUCCGGUGGUCUGUGCCAAAACACCGAGGGUAGUUUCCUGUGUGUGUGUCCACAAGGAUUCUUUGUUGAUGAAGAGGGAACCACUUGUGUGGAUAUCAAUGAGUGUGCAAACAAGACAGUGUGUCCAUCUGGCAUUUGCAUGAACAUCCCCGGGGCUUACAACUGCGGCUCUUGCCCUCCUGGUUUCUUGGCGCGGGGAGGCCAGUGUGUAGAUGUAGACGAGUGCCAGGAUCAACGUGUGUGUACCAGGGGUCACUGCGUGAACACCGACGGCUCCUUUAUCUGUCAAUGCGGGCCGGGCUUCAGGGUGUCUCUGUCUGGUGACCAGUGUGACGAUGUGGAUGAAUGUUUAGAAGACGACCAGCCCUGCAAGUCCAUAGGGGAGUGCGUUAAUAACAUGGGCUCCUACACAUGUACCUGUCCGCCAGGGUAUCGACAGAUGGACGGCACCAGCUGCACAGAUGUUGACGAGUGUGUAGAUGAGCCACAACUGUGCUCGCCCCACGGCCAAUGUCUCAACACAGAGGGAUCUUAUGUGUGUGCGUGCGGGAGUGGAUUCACCGCUCCUCUUGAUACACCCUCCUGUGACGAUAUCGAUGAGUGCGGACUCAAUGAGACUUUGUGUAGUCCUCAUGGUUUUUGCGAGAAUAGAUUGGGUUCAUUCCGAUGCCUCUGUGACCCGGGCUACCGGGAAAAUCAAGAUGGCCAAAGCUGUGUGGAUGUGAAUGAGUGCGAGCGGCUGAAUAGUGUCUGUGGAGAAGCUCAGUGCGUAAACACUGACGGUUCCUUCCUCUGCGCGUGUCCCAGCGGCCAAGAGUAUAAUGUGAUGGUCGCCAGAUGUGAGCCCGUUCCCACAGUCUCACCGAUAGAGCGUAAGGAGUGCUACUUCCAUCUGAAUGAUGAGAACUUGUGCGAGAGUGUGCUUACCAGCCACGUCACCUUGCAAGAGUGCUGCUGCACGCUGGGAGCUGGCUGGGGGGACAACUGUGAGGUUUAUCCCUGUCCUGUCAAUGGCACAGACCAGUUCAACCAGAUGUGUCCAUCUGGAAAAGGAUUUAUCCCAAGUGGAGAUUUGCUUUAUGAAGUCCCAACAGCCGAGAGUUACAAAAAUGCAGAUGAGUGCACACUGUUCGGCCAGGAGGUGUGUAAAGGAGGCUUCUGUCAGGACACCGUGGGCAGCUACGAGUGUUACUGCAAGACGGGACAAGACUACGACCCUGCAAAACUGGAGUGCAGAGACAUAAAUGAGUGCCUGGAUGAGUCAGUGUGCGUUGGAGCAGAGUGUUUGAACACGGAAGGCUCCUACAUUUGUUUCUGUAAUCAUCCCAUGGUGUUGGAUCCCAACAGUAACAGCUGCAUCUUUGUCCCUGAUGUGGCUGCAGAGCAACACGAGGUGGGGCAGAUGGACUUCCAGGGUAUCUGCUGGCAGAAGGUGACAGACUCCAUGACGUGCACUCUGCCGCUGGGUGACGACAGGAAGACCACGUUUACCGAGUGCUGUUGUCUCUUUGGAGAGGCCUGGGGAAUGGACUGUGCAUUGUGCCCUCCCAAAAGCACAGCGGAUUACGCCUCCAUGUGUAACCUGGCCGGGCGGCAUCCUUACGGCCGUGACGCCCUUGUCGCUGGUCCGCUCCAUGAAUAUGAAGUGAGCCCAGACUAUUCACCAUCGCCAGACGACAAUCCUGCCCUGCCGUUUUACGACCAUGAGGAAUAUCCAUUCAAGGCAUUCGAGGGCUUGCGAGCAGACGAGUGCGGCAUACUGAACGGCUGCGAAAACGGUCGAUGCGUUCGAGUGCAAGAGGGUUUCACCUGCGAAUGCUUUGACGGUUACACGCUGGACCUGCCCCGCAUGGCCUGCAUUGAUGUAAAUGAAUGUUCCGAACUCAACGACCGCAUGUCGCUGUGUAAAAAUGCCAGAUGCAUCAACACGGUGGGUUCGUACCGCUGCGCGUGCCUUCCGGGAUUCACUCCCUCUGAAAAAGCAAACUAUUGCGUGGAGACAGUGACACGCCAAACUUCAGCACACACACAGUGAUUGUGGAUUGGAUUGGAUUGACUGGACUGGGCCACAAGAGACGCUCAAUCGAACCCAAAUGAGAAGCAAUUUUGAGAAGAGCAGUUGAAAAGAAAAUCUUUGAUUCAUUCACCAAGCAACAUUAGUGAAAUCUCCCCGCUUUGGUUGACAGCAAAAUUCCCCCAAGUGCAAAACUCUUGAAAAUGAUCCCAACAUUCUUUUUCUGCAUUCCCCAGCUGUGAGUAUUAAGACUGAUUUCUUCUAUUUAAUAGAUUUGCAAUAUCUAUGAUCUUUUGAAAUAUUGUUGAAAUGAACUAUAAUGUAUUAUCUUCUAGAUUGUAUGUUAUGAUGUCUACAAGUAUUCCACUUUCAAUGCCUUGUUUGUGUUCUUGAAAUGAAAAGAGUGCAGCGUGGUACCUCGAAAGCUGAACCCCAAAUGUUUCAAGGGUCACACUGCCGCCAUCGUAAAACGGAUGUUGAGCAUACAAUCAAUAUGGACAAUUAACCAGAGUUUCGAACUACCUGGCUAGCAAGUAUA